AAAAACACAAAGAAAAAACAAAACUAAGCGUGAAUUGGUGUUAAAAACUCUUACCUCUCAACGUUCCAUUCGACACAAGAACAUGGGCCCCCAAAAGAAAAGGCUCCUCCUCUCGAAAAAUCUUCUUGAAAUGAAGUUUAUGAAAAGGACCAAAGAAAAGACUGAAAAGGAACUAGAAGAUGAAGAAAGACAAACAACUUUUGCAAAUGAAAUCACUUCAGCAAUGUUGUCACACGGAAGCAAAUUUCUGAUGGAGUCAAGCUAUUCUGCAUGUGAAAAUCUUUGUUUUGGCAGAAUGAGCUUCAAAGGAGCCAAUCCUGAAAUUGAAAAAAUUAUGAGAAGAUUCACAGAACCACCACCUCCUAAGGAAAAUUCUUUGUUGCAGGGUGAGAAAGAUGCUGAUGUAGGAGCUGAAGAAGUGUCUAGAACUAUGUCCCUAAGUAAGACAGUUUCAAGAAAGUUUUCUAAGCAAUCCCUCAAGAGAGGCUUUAAAAGACCUGCUGAUGAUCAAUGAUGUUUGCAAUAAAUGUUAAGAAAAAUUUU